AUGUCACAAAGCCCGGCACCAGAGAGCAACGGCGACUCGAGAGAUCCCAGUGGCUUCUUGAGCGAGAUCAUCGGCGCUCCUGUCACUGUUAAGCUGAAUUCUGGAAUUGUGUACAAAGGCGACCUCCAGUCCGUCGACGGCUACAUGAAUAUUGCUCUUGAGCGGUGCAAGGAGGUCGCAGAAGGUCGCGUCACUCGAAAUUGGGGUGAUGCGUUUGUACGAGGCAACAAUGGUACGUGA